UCCACUUUGCCCGUCAAAAGAGAUGGCAAACAACUCGUAUAUAAAACCCUAUGCAGUUUCACCGUCCGUCGCUCCAAACAGGAGGAGAGACACAUGCACCAGGAAUCAAUUAGCGCUCAGCGUCAGCCAUGGCCGGCCUGCCUCGCCUCGUCGUGCUCCUGCUCCUCGCCAUCGCCGUCCCUGUCGCCCAGCCCACUCCCUACAGCGACAACCUCCAGGACGCGUGCAACAAGACGCUGUUCCCUAAAGUGUGCAUCCAGUCGCUGACGACCAACCCGGAGAGCCGGACAGCGGACGCGCGCCGGCUGGCCGAGCUGUCCGUGUACGUGGCCAAGGAGGUGGGCACCACGGUGGCAGCGUUCGCUCACCACGAGCUCACCGGCGUCAAGGAGGACACCUUGUUCAAGUGCCUCGACGGCUGCUCCGACGACAUUGAGGAGACGGUGGCGCACCUGAGCGCCCUCACCCGCGAGCCCACCUGCGCCAAGUUCCUCGAGAUCAAGUCGUGGCUGUCCGCGACGCUGGGCGGCUCCAACACCUGUGAGGAGACCUGCAAGGACGCGCCCAUCAGCGACGUCAAGAACGCCGUCGUAACCAAGAGCCUCGAGUUCGAGAAGCUGCUCCGCGUCACGCUCGACCUCAUCACCGAGGCGUCUGGCUCCAUGCCCGCCGCCGGCGGCGCGGUGGCACCCACGGCGUGGGAAGGCAGCACUUCAGGAUCCUACGGCGCCAGCGCGCCGGACUCCUACGGUGCCAGCGCGUCGGGCUCCUACGGCUCCAGCGCGUCGGGCUCGUACAGCUCCAGCGCACCUGAGUCGUCCGACAGUGCCAGCGCGUUGGGCUCCUCUGGCUCCAGCGCGUCGGGCUCCUACGGCUCCAGCGCAUCGGCCUCCGAAGCAGCAUCCAGUGAUGCGUCGGCGCCCUCGAGCGCACCUACCUCCGAGGCAUCGUCAGCUGACGCGCCGAGCUCCUACGGCUCCAGCGCAUCGGGCUCCGAAGCACCAUCCGCCGAUGCAUCGGCACCCUCGAACGCACAAACCUCCGACUCACCGUCAGCUGACGCGCCGGCCUCCUCCUACGGCGCCGCCAGCGGGCCAGCUGCCGAUGCACCGUCGUCAUCCCCAUCGGACGCGGACGCUCCAUCUUCCGGGGCUGCCGACUCGCCAUCAUCAGGGGCAUCAUACGGGUCUGCCGGCGCACCGUCCCCGUCCGGGUCAGGCGCCAGCGCUCCUGAGGCCGAUUCGACAGCAUGAGAAACGCGCGCCCUGCUGAUGCUUUGGUACCUAGGGUGAACUUUUUGGCUCUAGAUUCUACCCGUCGUCUUGCGCUGCUGUGUGCAAGAAGAUGCUCAUACUGAUGCACUUAUGGUCUUUUAGUCCGUGGUUGGUCGAGAAACCAAGUAG